AUGUAUUUGCCACCAGAAGAGCGCACUUUUGAAACUGCUGUUGAACCUCUAUUGACUGAAGAAUACGAUGUGGACUAUGCACUCCAGACUCUUCUUUUGAAAAUGUUAACCGAUUGGCCAGAUUGCAGCCGCAAAUUAUUUGACUCUGAUUUGCACCAUGUAAGCUUCAAAAUCAAAAUAAUGAGCGCUCGAGAUCAUAUGGAGAAGCUUUCUAAUGCGGAUUUUCAAGCAACAAUUAAGCAACUCUAUGACUCUAAAGAAGGUUUAAACGAGUGGCAGUUACGUCUGUUGGAGUGGUAUCUGUUAGAGGUGCGGGCAAGUGGUUUGGACAGGACUGAUGACAAAACUAGAAAGCUUAUUGGAUCGUGGAGUAAAUACAUUGAUGAAUAUCGCAGCAAGUACAUUUCUAACGUUAUGGCAACCAAUGAUCAAGUUGUAUAUACUAUCACUGACAAAUCCAUGUUAAAAGAUGCUCCACCUCACGUACUCCAAAAACUGGCUGUAGACCCGUAA